AUGAAGUUCCUUCUAGAAAUCCGGUCCAUCUGGAUACUUUGUCUCGCUCAGUGGGCAUCUGCAGCAACAGUCUUCUUCCCCAUUACCUUGACUUGGUCUAACAGAACUGCUGCUGGAGUCACUAGGCCGGUGAUCUCGGUCAAUGGCCAGUUCCCUGGGCCACCGUUGAACAUCAAUCAAGGAGAUAAUGUUCAAUUUUUGGUCAAUAAUAGGUGCCCUUUCAAUACGACUGUUCAUUUCCAUGGAAUCGAACAGAUAGGAACACCCUGGUCGGAUGGUGUUCCCGGUGUCUCUCAGCGUUCCAUCCUACCCAACAGCUCAUUCCUUUACAGAUGGACGGCUAAUGAUUACGGUGCAUACUGGUAUCAUGCACAUCACCGUGGAUCUCUUGAAGAUGGCCUUUUUGGGCCAAUCUAUAUUAGACCUGGCCCCUCUGUGCAAAGACCUUUCAGCCUCAUCUCGAAUGGCACUUCGCAGUUGAAUGCUAUGCUGGCAGCUGAGAGGGCAACCCGUCCAGUCUUGAUCUCGGAUUGGCGUUCUCUCACAUCAGAACAAAUCUGGGCUGCUGAAGUGGCAUCUGGCGUUGAUUCCUGGUGUGCUAACGCUUUUCUUGUCAACGGAAAGGGCUCUGUUACAUGUUUGCCUCGCGAUCAAAUCAAUGCCCUGACGACUCCUGCGCAGCGAGCAGUGCUGGGACCCCAAAACCUUACAGAUAUGGCGUGUUGGCCUGCCAAUGUCACGGAUGCAACUUUCAAUUUCCCUCACAACUACAGUGCUGUCCUUCCGACUAUGUUCGAGGGCUGUGUGCCUUCCCAGGGUCCCCAAGAAGUUCUUACUGUCAAUGGAUCCCAACAAUUUGUGAGCUGGGACUUAACCAGUACAUCUGGAGUUAUUCAGAUGACUGUUUCAAUUGACGAGCAUGUCAUGUGGGUCUACGCCAUUGACGGACGGUAUAUCCAACCGAGACAAGUCAACGCCCUCACGAUCCCCAACUCAAACCGCUACUCCGUGCUGAUUCCACUCACCCAACCGAGAGGCGAUUAUACAGUGCGCGUAGUCAGCGCCAGCGUACAACAACUCCUCAACGCUACUGCCAUCAUGCGAUAUCAAGGCACACCGCAGCUCAACAGACCCUCCAACCCUUGGAUAACAAUCAACAAUCAAAACGCAACAGCGAAUACUGUCUUCCUGAACGAGUCCUCGGUCGUCCCAUUCCCGGCACUCGUACCAUCCAACAUUGUCGACCAGACAUUCAUUCUCCAUGUCAGCCGGGUAGGCAACUCCUACCGCUGGACACUUGGCAAUUCAAGCUACGGCCUAGAACUCGAGGAGUCACAGCCACUCCUAUUCAACCAGACAGCUAUUCCCAGCGAUCUGAUUAUCAGAACAAGAAACAAUACAUGGGUCGACCUGAUCAUCCAGGUCGAUUCAAUUUUGCAGCCCGCACACCCAAUCCACAAGCACUCAAACAAACAUUUCAUCAUAGGCCAGGGUAAUGGAACUUUCACUUGGAAUACCGUUGCCGAAGCCGUGCAGGCGAGUCCUGGAAAUUUCAACCUGCUCACACCUCAGUAUCGAGAUACCUCCAAUACACCGAUUCCGAUUACAGGGCCUACUUGGCUGGCCUUGCGGUACCAUGUGGUCAACCCUGGAGCCUUCUUGAUGCAUUGUCAUAUCCAGGUUCAUCAGAGUGGUGGUAUGGCUUUGGCUAUGUUGGAUGGGGUUGAUGCCUGGCCGACCAUUCCGCCAAAUUACUUGAAUGACUCUGGGUUCUAG